ACACACUUAAAAUCCUUAAACUGCUUCCAACGAUAAAACUUAGAAACUCAGAAACCAAAGAGAAGAACCACUCACUCUGUGAUCACUGAUCUUAUCUCAUGGCCACAGCUUCUCUACUGCCCAAACCCUUGUCUCCCUUUCUCUCUAACCCAACUUUAUUUCCCUCAACCCACUACUUCACCAGACUCUCCUUCUUUCACCCAGUUGACCACCCUCAUUGCACCAAGAGACCGAACCUUCAAGCCCAAGCAAAGAAGAAGAAUUCAUGGCUCGACCCUUUCGACGAUGGAGAGGACCCUGAGAUGGAAUACGGCUCCCUGUUCACAGAUGGCAAGCAAGAAGAGGAUCCUCGGCCACCGGAUAACCCCAACAGCCCCUCUGGGUUCUUGAAGUUCCCGGCCGGAUUCAACGUGGAAAUCGCGCCGUUAGCGUUGAAAAUCAGAGGCGACGUGAGGCGUUGCUGCUGCGUCGUGUCGGGCGGUGUGUAUGAGAACUUGCUGUUCUUCCCAGCCAUUCAAUUGAUAAAGGAUAGGUACCCAGGUGUUCAGGUGGACGUGGUGGCUUCGGCGAGAGGGAAGCAAACAUACGAGUUGAACAAGAAUGUGAGGUGGGCUACUGUUUAUGAUCCUGACGAUGAUUUCCCGGAGCCCGCGGAGUAUACUGACAUGGUUGGACUUCUUAAGAAUAGGUACUAUGACAUGGUCUUAUCAACUAAACUGGCAGGGCUGGGACAUGCUGCAUUCUUGUUUAUGACAACAGCUCGAGACAGAGUCAGCUACGUUUACCCAAAUGUAAAUGCUGCUGGGGCAGGAUUACUUCUAUCCGAAACAUUUACGCCAGACAGUAUAAAUCUAUCCGACGGUGGAUAUAACAUGUAUCAUCAGAUGCUUGAUUGGUUGGGGAAACCAUUCCGCAGUGUGCCAAGGCAACCUGUGCUUCCUCUCAGAGUUGCAAUUUCGAGGAAGUUGAAGGAGGUUGCAGAGGCCAAAUAUAGGAGUGCAGGUGCAGAGAAAGGAAGAUAUAUUGUAAUUCAUGGGAUAAAAUCGGAUUCAAAGGCCUCAAUGCAGUCUAGGGGCGAUCCCGAUAGCUUGCUACCCAUCGAAGUAUGGGCUGAAAUAGCAGACUCUAUAAGGGGACUUAGGCCAGUUUUUGUCAUUCCUCAUGAGAAAGAAAGGGAGAAUGUGGAGGAGCUUUUUGGAGAUGAUGCAAGUAUUGUGUUCAUUACAACUCCUGGCCAGCUGGCAGCCCUUAUCAACGACUCAGCUGGGGUAAUUGCCACAAACACAGCAGCUAUCCAACUUGCAAAUGCACGAGAAAAACCCAGCAUCGCAUUGUUUUGCUCUGAAGAAAAAGGGAAACUAUUUGUUCCCAAUGCAGAAGGGAAGAGAUGUGCCGUUGUUUCGUCCAAGACAGGAAAGUUGAUAGAUAUCGACGUUGGAGCUGUAAAAAGAGCACUUCAAAUUUUUGAUCUCUCCCUAGCUCUGGUCUAGAAGAAGAAGAGGGUCACUUCCUUACAUUGUAUACAAGAAUGUCAAUCCUUCUGUACAUGUUCUAGCCAAGCAUAACGUCUCUCUGAAUCAACGCUGCUGCAUAUAAUUUCAAAAUUCAAGUCGAUUCUAUUACUUUACCAAA